UUCUAGAGAUCUGUAAUAGUGUAAAAUAAGAUCAUUAGAUGGUCAUUGGUCAAGCCAUUCUUAUUUAACAUUAGUAAUUAAUCUAGUUUGAUCUUGUCUAGCGCUAUCAAAAACAGUAAAUUCUACCCGAUUGUAUCUUUUUGAUACAAUUGGGUAUCUUAUCUGGGUAUGCGAUUAAGGUAUACACAAUGGCAGGGAAGUAUUGCACAGAAUUCCAAACAACAGAAUUAAAAGAUGUUCAGGCCAGUGCAAUGGCAGUAGAUUGCUUGGGACAAUGGACACUUUUAGCUGGACGUAAGAAUUUAGUGUUUGUGGACUUGAAUAGACCAGCCCUGACAACUGUUAAAGUCACUAGACAAAGUAAAUGGGGAAUCAACUGUGUCCAGUGGAAUGGCCAUGCCUCUCAUGCUUACAGAUUCGUCACUGCUUGCAACCAAAGGCUAGAUUUGUUUGAUUUUCAUGAAGCCAGUGCAACACACCUGUGUUCAUUGAAAGCACACUCAAGAACAAUCAGUGCUGUUGACUGGUCUCCCUUUGAUGUGAAUGUUGUUGCCUCCUGUUCUCUAGAUACAUAUACUUAUUUUUGGGAUGUCAGAGAUUCUAAGAAACCUGUCAAAACAUUUCAAGCUGUUUCUGGUGUAGGCCAAGUGAAAUGGAACAAGGUGACCAAUAAUCUGUUCGCGACCACACAUGAUGGAGAUGUCAGAAUAUGGGAUCCUAGAAAAGGGAAUACACCAGUUCAGUAUAUAUCAGCACACCCAUCUAAAAUACAUGGUUUAGAUUGGAGCAGUGUAGAUCAGCAUAAAUUGGUAACAGCUAGUCAAGAUUGUACUAUACGGUUUUGGGACUACACCAACCCACGAAGGUGUGAAGCAAUGAUCAAUUCUGGCAAUCCUGUAUGGAGAGCAACAUAUACUCCUUUUGGUGAAGGUGUGGUGAGUGUUGUUGUCCCUCAACUGAGACGAGUGGAAAACAACCUGUACCUGUGGCACAUUAGGAACCAACAGUCUCCUGUACACACAUUUAUUGGUCACAAAGAUGUGGUUCUGGAGUUUCAGUGGAGGAGGCAGCAAGAGGGGGUCAAAGAUCAUCAAUUAAUUACUUGGUCUAAGGAUCAAACUCUUAGAAUUUGGAAAGUGGACACAUCUAUGCAAAAGUUAUGUGGCUACGACAUAGAAGAUAAUGGGGACGCAAUUGUUGAGCAAGAGUUUUCUACCCCCUUGCCUCAGAAUUUACUGUUUGACUUGUACAAAAAACCAGACACACUUCCCACCGACAACAGAUUGCUGAUAGCCCCCAAAAGUGAUACCAGUGGGGUCGGUGCCUCAGCACCUAAUGUCAGCUCUCAUUUGUCAAUGAUGUCAAGCAUGUUGUCAGCAAUGACAUUAGAAGAAGAAUGUGCUGAUAUAGGGCAGAUGUCUGGUGUAAAACUAGAACUGGCUGAUCUUGAAAAGAGAACUUUGACAUUUAAACUGGUAAAAGAGCAACACUUCAUGGACAUCCAUAUGUUGUUUCCUGACACCUACCCAAUCAGAGUUCCACCACAUUUGACUAUACUUCAGACUAAUUUGGAUAGUGAGAUACAGCAACAUGUUGUCAAGACAUUUAAUGAAACAAGUUCCGUGCAUGUCAAAAAACAUACCAACUGCCUAAAACAUUGCUUUAAGCAAAUCUUGAAUGUUAUGGAAAAGUCUGGAUCCCUUGUGGUGAAUCAGGAAAACACAACUCUUGGAGAAGAACGUAAAUCAGUAUUAGACAAAAAAUUUUUGGUGGAGAAAGUGCGUGCACCUACCAGUCCAGUUGGCCAGAGCAGUGUACCUAUGUAUCCUUCUGGCAGCUUUCAUGACUCAUGUAUUCCUUUCCCUAGAACCUGUGGAGCUACUUUCUGUUCCAAUGAUUAUUUAGUCAUGUUUCAUGUUCCGGCAGCCUUAAAAAAAGUCAGUGAAGACUCAGAAAUAACUCCAAGAGCCUUGUCAGAUUUAGCCUCCUACAGUCACCCUCAGUCUCAGUGGAUGCGGAACCAAUCCAAUAGUUUUGUUUCUUCAUUGUCAUUGUUCUACGGCAGCCCUCCAGCAACUGCCCAGGAAGUUUUAAGUGUUAGCAGUUUUUAUACAGAAAAGACAACUAAAAGUAGACACCAUCGUUCACAUCAAAAGUCUAGAUCAAAAGACAGAGAGGGUAGGCAUGAGAAAGAAAGAGAAGCAGACAGAGCUAGCAAAAAGAUGCAUAAAGUGGGCUGUGUCAAAAUCUAUGACAUUUCUCCCAUCAACAAUAUUUCCAAGUAUGCUGGUCAACAUUACAAACUUGAUCUUGAUGACCUUCAUGGUACAUGCAAACAAAAUGCUGAGGUGGCCUCAAAGAUGAAAAGGAAUGAUUUAAUACAGUUAUGGCAGCUAGUUGAUCACAUGACACAUGAACAGUUAAGACCCUCACCAAACCUCGAGGAUGGAGCUCCAUGGGCAUUCAGACCUUUUGGGAGACCUCUAUUAAAAAAAAUGAUGGAUCACUACACAAAGAGUCGAGAUGUUCAGACCUUGGCCAUGCUGUGCUGUGUGUUCUGGGACAGGGAGAAACCCAAGCGUGAUGUCCUUUCUCUGAUUACCACCAGCAGUAGAAAUGACUCUCAUUUGUCUGUAACUAAUGCAUACAACCCCUACCACACUGUCUCCUCUAUGACCAACUUGAUCAAAGGGUGGACAUCCAGUUCUACUGCAGCAGCUUUGCUUCCUCAUCCUGCCCCCAUGUCCCCAUCUCCUGUCCUGUCUCCUGUGCACCCACUCCCUCCUUCCUCGUCCCCAUCAUCUACCACUUCAAGCUCAUCCGUUGCUCUGGGCAAAGGGGGCCGAACGAUGGCCGAAGUGGCAUCUCAACCUAAUUUGGCUGUGUUGUUCCGUGCAGGCCGCAACAAAGCCGGCAGGUCUUCAGCUGUGAUGAAAAGUAAACGUUCUUUUAGUUGGUCUGAGUCCUAUGAAGAUUUUAAAGUGUCUGAAGAAAAAGAGCCAAAGGACAAAAUGGUGGAGAGAGAAAGACAACACCACCACAACAAUUGCAAAAUGCUUGAUCCUGAGCAGAAGUCUCAUUAUGAAGAAAUUAAAAAAGCUUAUGCCAACAUCCUUUUCAAAUGGGGCUUACUGACUGAGUCUGCUCACAUACUGAAACAUACUGAUGGAGGUGGAGUUGAACAUCAAACCAUAGGAUGCCCUGUUUCCUGUUUCAACUGUUCAACAGACAUCCGAGAAGUUCAAUGUCAUAUAUGUAAAUAUCCAGCUCUCCGAUGUGCAAUUUGUCAUAUGAGUGUACGAGGAUUGUCAGAAGUCUGUUUAGCUUGUGGCCAUGGUGGUCACACGAGCCACAUGAUAGAAUGGUUCACCCAUCAGAGCUUCUGCCCUACUGGAUGUGGCUGUAUGUGUCUACAAGAAAAUUCUCUCCAUAACUUUCUCUCACAGGGCCGCAUCACAUAGUUUAUUCAUGAUGCUGAAUAGCGGCAAAUGCCUUGUGAGUUAUUUUUAACCUUGCAUGAUCAUGUAUGAAGCCCAGUCCAUAAACUGUGAUGUAUUCCAACAAAAUCUUUCAAUUUUUGCUAUUUAUCAUAACAGUUUAAACAUAAUCACAUUGUGAACAGAGAAAAUUAAUUAUUCUUUAUGAAUUAUAAUGUAUUGACAUUUUCUAAGAAAGUGAUGAUUCGCUUUUGUAAACACUUGAACUAUCAGAUGACUAUUUAUGUACAUUUCAAAUGCUAAAUCUAAGUGUAUAUUAAAAACAGCCAAACUGAACACUGUGAGGGAGCCAUCUCUGUUUAUUUAGAAAGAGCAAAGAAGAAAAGGGCAAUUGUAUUUUCAAGAAAUAAACUAUUUAAGAUCAAGUGUCAGCAAGGGAAGUAAUAAGUCCCCCACCCCUUCCCAAAUAACAAAAUAGGAAAAUGUAAUUCAGUGAUUCAACACAAAUAUGGAUGAAUUAAAAUGUAAACUAUUGUCAUAUAUGAUUUCAUGGUUUAUCACUCAGGGUUAAAAUGUUUGUUUUUUUUUUAAAGUUUUGUUUUAUAUGAAAUUUGUUGAUUUUCAAUUUUUGUUAAAUGUUCUAAAAAAGUGUAAUACAGACUUAACUGUCGAACCAGUAUUCAUUCAUGCAUUUAUCUAGAUAUAAAUAAAUUGAUACCGGUAAUGAUAAUUCUUUGCAUCUUUUUGACAUUUUUUUGUGCUGAUUAUUUAACUUUAAUGAUGGAUGUAAAUUGUGUUUCAGAAAGGAAUUCAAUAGUCCUGACUUUCGAUUAUAUGUUAUUAGACUUUUUUUAUAGCCAAUAUUAGACAAUAAAAUGUAAGUAUUUGGUACAACUGUAACACAGAUUUAAUAUUAAACCGAGAAAUGCUAUUUUGUA